AUGUUAAAACGUUUUAUUGGAAUUGGUUUGAGAAAAAAAAAACCAGAAGGGGGUGGAACAAUUUCAUCUGAAAGUGGUGUAGAUGAACUUAAUGGUGGGGAUUGUAGUGUUGUAUCUAAACAUGGUGUAACAAAAAAAUUGAAUGAAUCUACAAAUAGUAUUAUUGAGUCGAAUGGCAAAAAAACAACCAUUUUUCAAGGUAUAAAAAUUGCAACAAAAAAAAACAAGACUAAAUCUAAUAAAAAAGAAAAUACUGAAAUUAAAAAAACUAGAGUUCCAACAAAAAAUAUUUCUGGACAAAAUUUAAAUAAAGUACCUGAAAGCACAAAUAGCAAUUUUAGGGUAGUGAGUUUAUCUAAAAAAGAAAAACUUAAAAGUAUGUCAAAAAAUGAGAUAAUAAAGAAAGAAUCAAAAAAUGAACGUUUAAGAGAUACUAGUAAUAAUAUGGCUAAUGUUAAAGUUAGUGGUUCACAGUCAAAGGUGGAUUUUCGUGAAUCAAAACAACCUAAUAGUACAAAGGUGGAAAAAGAUUCAAAAUUGGUUAAAGAACCAAAACCAUUAACAGAAGGUACAAUGAUAGCAUUUAAUUGGGAAAUUAAAAAAACUCUUGGAAAAGGAUCAUUUGGUCAGGUUUAUCUUGCAGAACAUACACAAACUCAUGUUAAGAUAGCAAUAAAAACUCUUUUAGCUUCAUAUCAAGAGUUUAGAAUUGCAAUGGAGAGAGAUGUAUUAAAAUUAUGUUCAGAAAAAACAUAUUUUCCUAAAGUGUAUCUUUCAGGAAUGCAUGAUAUAUAUUAUUGUAUCGGAAUGUCAUUACUAGGUCCAUCAUUAACAGAUGUUCGAAAAUCUACAAAGUUACUAAAAAUCGAAGCUCAUUAUUGUAUGAUUGUUUGCAAGCAGAUGAUCUAUGCUUUAAAAACAUUGCAUGAACUCGGUUAUGUCCAUCGUGAUAUAAAACCAUCAAAUAUAUGUACAGGAUUUCCAGGGACACCGGAAGCUAAGAACAUAUGUUAUUUGAUAGAUUUUGGUAUUGUCAGAAAAUUUAUUGUUGGGGGUGUUAUUAUACACCCAAAAGGUAAAGGAAGACUUCGUGGUACAAUGAGGUAUUUAUCAUUAAAUUGUCAUCAAUUAUUAGAAUUAGGACCAGCAGAUGAUCUUCAUAGUUUAUAUUAUUCUAUUGUAGAGUUAGGAACAGGUCAUUUACCAUGGAAAUGUUGCAGUGAUAUAAAAGAAGUUGAAAAAAUGAAAAAAGAAUUUGAUUUUUCAAAACAUCGUGGAGAUUUAUUAAUUGGUUUUCAUGACUUUUGGACUGUUACUAAAGAUGUCACAAAUAUUCAACUUCCAGACUACGAUAAAUGUGUUGAAGUAAUUGAAAAAUGUAUUCCAGAUGAAUAUAAAAAAGAUAAUUUUAUUUUUCCAUGGCAUGAUAUAUCUACAUCAUAA